AUGGGGACUGUCGGCGUGUCGGGGGCCGGGAGGUGCUGGGCUGGUGCGGUGCUGGGGGUGCUGGUGGUGCUGGGAGCCAUUGGGUCUCAUGGCGAGGAGACCACAGGGUAUUUCCUCGAAAUGGGUAAAGGUGACUGUCAGUACCUCAAUGGCACCCAGCGGGUGAGGUAUUUGAAGUGGUACAUCCACAACCGGCAGCCGUGGCUGCACUUCGACAGCGACCUGGGGCACUAUGUGGCCGACAGCCCCCUGGGAGAGCCGGAUGCCAGAUACUUCAACAGCCAGCCAGACAUCAUGGAGCGGGAACGGGCUGAGGUGGACACGGUCUGCCGGCACAACUAUGGGGUGGCGACGCCUUCCGUCGUGGAGAGGAAAG